AUGCAGCAGUGGCAAGUCGGCCCCGUGCCGGAGUACAUCUACUCCAACUCCACUCAUCAGCCGAACGAGAUCCACUCCCAACAUCCUUAUCAGGCGCAGCAAACCCAGCAGCAGCCUGAUAUGCAACAUCGGGACCAGCGCCAAUUUCAAUAUGGUCCUCCUCAAGGCAGUCCUGCCGCGCAGCACCAGCAGCACCAGCAACAGCAGCAUCAACAGCACCAACAGCAGCAGCACCAUGCUACUCCCGGACAGCCUCCCAUGGGUGUGCCCCAGCAGCAGCCUGCCCAGCAGCAGCCUCCGUCACAAGCUCAACCUGCCACUCAGCAGCCCCAACCUGCUGUCGCAACGCCGGCCCCCAGUCGCCAGCGCAAGAGGCCGGCACCCUCAACAGCUUCGCCAGCCGUGACAGCUACCCCCCCGGUUCCCGCUGCUACAAUUCCCACGCCAGCCCCCGCGCCGGCGACCGCGCCCGUGCCACCCGCCGCUGCAGCUCCCCCGGCGGCCUCCGAUGACGCUGGUGCUGCGCCCGUGCAGCCUCCCCCCGCGAAGAAGAGCAGGACAAACACACCAUGGACGCCCGCGGAGGAGCAGCGCCUCAAGCAGAUGCGAGACGCCGGCAACAGCUGGGCUGAGAUUGCCAAGACCUUCCCCACUCGCACCGAGGGCAGUGUCAAGAAGCACUGGUACAAGGACAUGCACUACGCCGAGUUUGCCGAGGACGAGAGUCAAGCUCUCCUCAACGCCAUCAAGGAGUACGAGAGCAACAAGUGGAAGGUCAUUGGGCAGAAGGUCGGCAAGCCGGCCAAGGCCUGCGAGCAAUACGCCAAAGAGCACUUCCCAGAUCUCGGCGCGAAGAACACACGGUAA